AUGCAAGAGUUCAAACAGACUCAUAGGCCCAUUCCACUUGAUUGUAUUCACCCUCGUUGGAGGAAGUUAGAUUUUUUGGAGCCCCGACCUAUUGCUACACCGAACAAUCCUCCAGAAAAUGCACAGUUAGAAUUAUUUGUGAAGUUGUUUCAAAGUUGUAGUUCUGAGACAAAGAGACAUGUUAGUAUGAAGUUACAAGAGAUUAUGAAUCCCGCAUCUACCAGACUUACACAACCCCAGCUGAAGAUUAAAACAAAAGGUCGUCCAAAAGUUGACACAUCUACUCAACGUUUGCCUUUUGCUUUUGAGGUUGUCUUAUUUGGUCAAGAUAGUGCACACUCGACUGACAAAGUUGUUACAAGACCGCCACGUAAGAAGUCAAAGACCAUACCCCAAAAGCGAUCAGUCUAUAGGCCUAAACCCAUUGUAGAUGACUCUUGCUUAACACCAGAGUUUAACAAGUGGUUUCCUAAACAUAUGUUGAUACAUAUUAGAGGGGCACAAGAUGUUAAGAGUGAUGGUAAUUGUGGUUUUAGAGCCAUUGGAUCAUUGAUGGGAUUUGGUGACAAUGCUUGGUGCAAAGUACGCAAAGACUUGUUGAAGGAGUUGAGGAAGGAAUCUAUCAUAUACGAGUUAAUAUUAAAUGUGCAUCAGUCACUUACAUUUUUUCCAUAUGAGACUGCUCCAUUGGAUUCUAUCUAUCACCGUGAGAUUUCGAUUGGAUUUGUUAACCACAACCAUUGGAUUAAGGUUUAUUUGGAAGGUCAACACCUUAUGCCACCAGUUGAUGAGCGUUGGUUGAGAUGUGCAACCAUAACUGCAUCAGAUUGGCUUACGCCAUAUCAGAAUUGUAUACGUCAAUUUAGAUAUGAAGCUAGUAUAACAGACCCUUAUGAUAAUGACCCUAUAUUUAUUGAGUAG